AUGCAAGAUGACUCUGACGACUUCGCUGGCACCAGCUAUCGACAUUCUGCGGAAGUGGAGCGUAUUUUUCAUGACGUUUUUGGUCUCAGGGAUUUCCGCCACAAACAGCUUCCGGCGAUUAACGCUGCCUUGUUAGGAUAUGAUUGUUUUAUAUUAAUGCCCACAGGUGCUGGUAAAAGUCUGUGCUAUCAGCUCCCAUCUGUUGUUACCCCUGGAGUCACGAUCGUUGUGUCCCCAUUAAAGUCGCUCAUUGAAGACCAAGUACAGAAAAUGAAGAAACUCGACGUUGGAGUCGUCGCAUUGACAGCCGAAUAUUCUGGUGAUAUGCUUGAUAAGCUGAUGAUGAAAAUUUACCAGAAAGACCCGUCUGUUCGACUACUUUACACCACUCCAGAGAAAAUUGCGGCAUCUAACAAGCUUCUAGAAAUGUUUGACAACUUGUACGAACGGAAUUUGCUAGCUCGUUUUGUGAUUGAUGAAGUUCACUGUGUGUCACAGUGGGGUCAUGACUUUCGACCGGAUUAUAAGAAACUGUCUUUACUUCGAAGACGUUUUCCAAAGGUUCCUCUUAUGGCGCUGACUGCUACAGCAACGCCGAAGAUUGUCGAAGAUUCUAAAAAUCAACUUUGCAUGGGACAGUCGAAAUGUUUCAUAAGCACGUUCGUUCGUCCGAACCUUCAGUACAAAGUUUUUCCAAAGGCAAAGAGCGUGCUGAAGGACAUCAUCGAAAUGAUCAAGACCACAUACCGUAAUCAAUCCGGUAUCAUCUAUUGUCUCUCAAGGAAGGAAUGCGAAGACGUCGCUGAUAUGUUAGUAAAGCGCGGCAUCAAAUCUGAAGCAUAUCAUGCCGGCCAAGCGGAUCGCCAGCGCAAUGCUGUACAUAAAGAUUGGGUUUUAGGGAAAAUUCAAGUCAUUUGUGCGACGAUCGCUUUUGGAAUGGGCAUCGACAAACCGAACGUCCGGUUCGUCAUACACUUUAGUAUGCCCAAGUCGGUCGAAGGCUACUACCAAGAAAGUGGUAGAGCAGGUCGAGACGGCAGGCCGGCUCAAUGUAUAAUCUAUUACUCGUACCAAGACUGCACAAGGCUGAAAAAGAUAAUCGAAUACGCAGGUCAGCGAACAUGCACCCUUUUAGCAUCAUGUUAA